UCUUCUGCUGUGCGUCUAUUUAAAUAGUCUGUUUAUCGAUACUAAGUCGGCCCACAACACUGCGCAACCUGUAUUAAUGCUGGAUAUGUUGAUGUCGCAGUGGGUUUGAAUUUGUACAAUAAAUUUACUGGAAUAUCGUGAUACCAUAACAAAAGAAAUAAAGAAGAAGUUACGUUAAUAAAUAAAAUAAAUGAACAUCAGACUGUUGUCAUCUUAAUCUGUAAUUUCCCGUCAGAGAUUCGAUUUAUAGUCUCAUCAGUAACAUUAAGCGAACAGCUGUCCAGAUCUAUUUAAAUAGGCUAAACAGUUUCAUAAUGAACACUUACAGCUAAAAGAAUCAAUGCGCAGACUGAACCAGGAAGGGCGGAGCAGAGAGGUACAGCGGUAGUAGAAUGUAUUAUUAUUAUUAUUAUUAAUUAUAAUAAUUAAUUAUUAUUUUUUAACUUUGGUGAUCUGUGCAGUGAAUUUAUAAAAUGUAUCGUUGGGAUUUUAUGUUCUUAUGUUCAGUCCUGUGGUCAGCAUGUUUAACCGUAAUUCCUAUAUGUUUUGGUGGCAUUUAUAUACAAAUAUGUAUAUUACAUAUAUGUAUAUGUAUAAUGUACAAAUAAUGUUUAUUAGUUUUCAUAAACACGUAUUUUGCUUGCUGAAUGUCCAGACUGUACAGUACAUUACCAUCCAUCUCUGCAGCAUGAAGUCCUCAGGUGUCCUUGUUGAUUGUUGUACAGGUAUGAUGGUGAACUGCUGUGGUCUGCUAACCUCCCAGAAGGAACCAGUUCCUCUGAAGAGCGUGGAGGUGGAGCUGGAGGUGAGGGACCAUGUGGCUACAGUGGUCUCCACUCUGAACUAUGAGAACAAGGAGGACAAACCACUAGAGGCUGUUUUUGUCUUCCCUCUGCCUGGAGAUGCUGCUGUCUGUCAUUUCAGUGCUAAGAUUGGACAGACACACAUUGUAGCUGAGGUGAAGGAGAAACAGGAGGCUCGUGAGGAGUAUGACGAUGCUUUGAGCUCCGGUCAGCAGGCCUUCCUGCUGGAGGAGAGUGAGCAGAGUCCAGAUAUAUUCUCUCUGAGUGUGGGCAGUCUGCCUCCAGGAGAGAGCGCCUCCAUCAGGCUGGAGUACGUCAUUGAGCUGGCUGUGCAGGCUGAUGAAGGGCUGAGGUUUUGUCUGCCUGCUGUGCUCAACCCUCGCUACGAACCUCAGGGUAGUGAAGGUGGCAACGUUCAGGUGACCUCUGUUCCAGCCUCUCUGGUGCCCUACAGUCUGUCUUUCUCUGCCCGAGUGUCCUCUCCUCGUCCCGUCUCUAAAGUAGAGUCCAACUGUCCCCUGGACCCUCUCCAGCACCUCAACACAGAGCAAACCCAGGUGGCGGUCAAGUUGGCUGCAGGACACAAGUUUGACAGAGAUGUUGAACUGCUGAUUUAUUACAAUGAUGCCCACCAGCCCACUGCUGUGGUGGAGGCAGGACAGGCCUCCUCCAAGCCUGGCACUCUGAUGGGUGAUCCAGUAGUGAUGCUGAGCCUGUACCCUGAGUUCCCCCAGGCUGUGACGUCUUCAGUCGCUUCAUGUGGAGAGUUUGUCUUCUUAUUGGAUCGAUCUGGCAGUAUGAGUGGUGGACAAAUAAAGAGUGCCAGGGAUACUCUGCUGCUCCUGUUGAAGAGCGUACCACUAGGCUGCUAUUUCAACAUCUACAGUUUUGGGUCCAGCUAUGAACACAUCUUCCCUAAGAGUGUAGAGUACAACCAGAAGACCAUGGAAGAGGCUCUGAAGAAAGUUGACAAGAUGGAGGCUGAUCUGGGAGGAACUGAGAUCCUUGAGCCCCUCAAACACAUUUACAGUCAACCCUGCAUUCCCAAUCAACCUAGACAACUAUUUGUCUUUACUGACGGAGAGGUAGGGAACACCAAAGAAGUCAUCAAUCUGGUGAAGCAGAACUCAGGUUCCCACAGGUGUUUCUCUUUUGGGAUUGGGGAAGGGGCCAGCUCUGCUCUCAUCAACGGGUUGGCCAAGGAAGGAGGAGGUCACGCUCAGUUCAUCACAGGGACGGACAGGAUGCAACCCAAAGUGAUGCAGUCGCUGCGAUUUGCUCUGCAACCAGCUGUGGUGGACAUCUCAGUCACGUGGGAUUUGCCAAAGGGAGUUUCCGUCACUGCUCUCUCUCCACCAAUCACAGCACUGUUCCAGGGUCAAAGGUCACUGGUUUAUGCCCAGCUCACUGGACAGAGUUCAGAGGCCUCAGAGGGCUGUGUGACGGUGAAGUACAGUCUGGCAGGUCAUCCCUCUCAGAACCAGCUUCACUUCAGUCUCAGACCUGCAGAGGACACUGGAUUAACAGUCCACAGGUUGGCUGCUCGGACUCUGAUUCGCUCCCUGGAGAUGGAGGAGAGAGAGUGUGAAGAAGAGGAAGAUGGAGAAGUGAAGAAGAAGAAGGUGGUGGAGCUCAGUGUCCAAUCAGGAGUGAGCAGUGCCUUCACUGCUUUCAUUGCUGUCAACAAAGGCAACAGCGAAGCUAUUCAAGGACCUCUGGUGCGCAGAAAUGUUCCAACACCCAUGAUGAUGGCCUGGGGUAUGCCCCAGAAUUUGUCCUGUUGUGCUCCUGUGAGGAAUAUUAACCCUAAUAUCUUUGAAGACUUAUCUAUUACCAGCCAUGGUCGUACUAAAUCUUGCAAGAGCAGAGAGAAGGGAGGCGCCAGCCGAAAUGUAUUCUCCAAUUUGAAGAAGAAGCUAGUUGCCUCAAUGAAACCACAGAAGAAUUCUCUGGAGAGUCAUGGUGUUUCUCACUGCUACGCAAGCCUAAAGCCUAUGUCUCUGUCCAGUGAGCGUGAUGAGUCCGAGGAGUGUGAUUAUGAUGAUUCGAUGUACAUGGGAACCGGAUUUAAAAUUAAACCCCAUCCAUGUAGCUUGACCGGCUUGCCCAAACAGCCACCCAGAGACCCUUUGCUGCAGCUGGUCUCCCUCCAGAAGGCGUCUGGCUGCUGGGUGCUGGAUCCAGAUCUGGCUGCUGCACUGGGAAAGACCAGCGAGGAGGUGGAGAAGCCAAAGCCUGCAUCGGUGAACCAGGACGUGUGGGCCACCAUUCUGGCUCUGACCUGGCUUCAUGGUUUCAAGAUGGAUGCUCAGGAAGAGUGGGAGCUUCUGGCUAUGAAGGCUGUGUCAUGGCUCCGAGCUCAGAAAGGUAAAAACCAUAAUACGUCAUGUGUGAAGGAGUGUGUGGAAGCAGGAAAUGCUCUGUUGGGUUGCAACGUGCAGAAAGACUCCCUGGGGAUCUGAGGUUUUCA